GGCAAUAUGCUGAGUUUCUAGGCUGCCACGUCACCAAAAAUAAUCAGCCAAUCAGAACAUUUCGUUUGAACACGUCAGCCAGGCCUCACAAUUGUUUUUUUAAUUGGUCCAACUGGACCCAAAACACACAAAGAAACACGGGAUGAGGCUUUGCUUCACCUCUACCAGUUCGUCUUCUCCAAUUGAAGAGCAAAGAAACCAAGUAGUAAUCGAGCCAUUUCUACACAAUCAAUACGUUCUUAAUGAUUUCGUUCCAUCUUCCUCUCUUUUUCCUUCUUUGGAUUUGUCCGAUCGAUUAGAUCUGAAAUUCGCGAGCUUUAGGUCAACUGGUUUCGUCUAUGUGCAGUUCAAGGAGCUAGCUCAGGCUUAUGAGGUUCUCAGCGAUCCGGAGAAGCGUGAGAUCUAUGAUCAGUACGGUGAGGAUGCGCUCAAGGAAGGAAUGGGUGGUGGAGGCGGUGGUCAUGACCCCUUUGAUAUCUUCUCAUCCUUCUUUGGUGAUGGUGGUGGACACCCUUUCGAAGGUAGCAGCAGCUGUGGAAGGAGGCAGAGGUGUGGUGAAGAUGUUGUUCACCCUCUGAAGGUUUCCCUUGAGGAUCUUUAUCUCGGGAUAACGAAGAAGCUCUCGCUUUCUAGGAAGGCUUUGUGCUCAAAGUGUAACGGAAAGGGUUUGAAGUCUGGAGCUUCGAUGACUUGCGGUGGAUGCCAGGGAUCUGGAAUGAAGGUUUCUGCAGAACGAUGAAAACAUUGCCAAGUCUAAGUCUGAUGCUUUUGAUCUGUAAUGAGGGAUCUUUCAUGGUGUUAUAGUGUACUGGGAGCUCAGUUGAUCAUAUGAGUUGCGUUGGAGAUCUUGCAUGACGUCUUCAGGAAACCAAAGCAGUUCCAGAAGUUGGAUUAGCAUUAAAGAGGGUAAGAGUUUGUAUGUGAGGAAAUUGCAAGAAGUAGGAUGAUUUGUGUUGUUGGAUGACUCAGAAGGCAAUGACAAGCAUGAAAAGAUCUGAUUGACUUGCAAAUGCAUGGGAAAGUAUCAAGAUGGUCCAAACGUUAGAGUCGUGAACGACACUGAUAAUGUGAUGAGUGAUGACUGAUUCAGAUAGAGAACACCUUCCAAAGACCGUUUGUGCAGUAUGUGAAAACAACUGUUACAAGUUUCUUUUGCUAAAGAAUAUUGUAGAGAAGGUCUUGAGAUCUUUGCUAAAGACUGUCAUAGAGAGUCGUGAGUAUGUCUCAUAUUGAAAGUCUUAAAAAUGAUCAAAUUGAAAUAUGCAUUAUGUGGUCUC